UCUCCUGCUUUGGCAAUAAGAAAUCUGGACCUCUGCUCUUCUCCGGCGAACUCCGGCGAGACAAGAAGACGCCCAAAGAUGGGAUCUUUACCUCCACUGCCGAUGGAUGUUCCCAGAUCCUGCGUCAAGAUCGAUGCGGCAGAGCUCGGCCGCCUGUUCCAGGCGCAGCGUCUCCACAUGGAGCACUUUUUCGACCACCUCGACAUCGCUCAGGCGGCGGACUUCGCCCAGGCCCUCCUCGACGCACCCGGCGCCAUCUUUUUCUCCGGCGUCGGGAAGUCAGGCAUCGUCGCCCAAAAGCUCGCUCAGACCAUCGCCUCCCUCGGCUUUGCUCGUGCCGCCUUCCUCUCCCCCGUUGACGCCCUCCACGGAGAUCUCGGCGCCGUCUUCCCAGGGGACCUCCUCGUUCUCAUUUCUAAGUCCGGCGCCUCAGAGGAGCUUCUCGUCCUUGCCCCCUGCGCCCGUGCAAAGGGCGUGCGUCUCCUUUCCCUCACCUCCGCCAGCGUGGGCUCCGGCAAUCCCCUUGCAGAUCUCUGCGACGUCAAUGUGCACCUUCCCCUCCAGCGCGAGCUCUGCCCCUUCGGCCUUGCUCCAGUCACCUCGGCGUCGAUCCAGAUGGUGUUUGGGGACACUAUUGUUGCUGCCCUAAUGGCGGCCAGGCGUCUCACCAAAGAGCAGUAUGCUAGGAACCACCCUGCCGGAAAGAUUGGGAAAAGCCUCAUCUUCAAGGUGAGGGAUGUGAUGAAGAAGAAAGAAGAUCUUCCAUUGUGCAAGGAACAAGACAUGAUAAUGGAACAAUUAACAGAAUUAACAAGCAAAGGAUGUGGGUGUUUGCUUGUUGUUGAUGAGAUGCUUCAUCUGAUCGGGACCUUUACUGAUGGUGAUCUGCGGCGCACACUCAAGGCAUAUGGUGCAGCCAUCUUCAACCUCACGGUUGGCGAGAUGUGCAACAGGAACCCAAGAUCAAUCAGCCCAGAAGCUAUGGCUGUCGAGGCAAUGGAGAGGAUGGAAUCACCCCCUUCUGCCGUGCAAUUCUUACCCGUUGUCGAUGCCCGCAAUGUUGUGAUUGGUAUCAUCACCUUGCAUGGACUGGUUUCAGCAGGCUUGUGAUCUUAAUUCAUCAUGUUUUCAUCUGUUUGGUGUUACAUAGUGACUCAUUCUAUCAUUUGUGUUGUCGAAUAGCAUAUGGCAACACAUUGUCAAUUCCUAAUAUUUUGCUUUUUCCCUCCAUUCAUAUCAAUUUGUUUGCUGCCGGUGCUGGUGUAAUGCUAAUGUGGAAAUAAGAAAAAAACCAUCUUUGGCAAUC